ACGCGGCUGGGCGCGGCGCGGCCGAGGCGUGAGCGGCCCGGGCGAGGGAGAACGGCUCGGGCCGGGACGGGCCCCCCGUCGCCACAACCCGCCGCCACAGCCCUCGCUGUGCCUUGCAGAUGUUGCCGGGUACCGGCAAGCGCCCAGGCGGGCAGCGCGGCCGCCUGCAGGGAUUGCCCCACCAGGGGCUGUGCGCGGCCGGGCCGCGCCGGGCCGCGACCGGCCGAGGCGCGGAGCUGCCCGGGCGCGGCUGCGGGCGCGUGCGGCACACGGUGCUUGGUGCUGUCGGCAAGGGCGGCGUGGGCAAGAGCACCUUCAGGCGCCGCCCUUGCGCACGGUGCUGGCGGCCGCGAGCACAAAGCAGGUUGCUCUGCUGGACAUCGAUAUCUGUGGGCCAUCGAUCCCUAAAAUAAUGGGUCUGGAAGGAGAACAGGUUCAUCAGAGUGGAUCUGGAUGGUCUCCAGUGUAUGUUGAAGAAAACUUAGGUGUCAUGUCAGUGGGGUUCUUGCUUAGCAGCCCUGAUGAUGCAGUCAUCUGGAGAGGACCAAAAAAAAAUGGGCUGAUCAAGCAGUUCCUCCGUGACGUGGACUGGGGGGAGGUCGAUUACCUGAUCGUGGACACACCGCCGGGGACGUCGGACGAGCACCUGUCCAUCGUGCAGUACCUCAGUGCCACCCACAUCGAUGGGGCUGUCAUAGUCACCACCCCGCAGGAAAUCUCGCUUCAGGAUGUUCGGAAGGAGAUCAACUUCUGCCACAAGGUGAAACUGCCCAUCAUAGGUGUUGUGGAAAACAUGAGUGGCUUUGUGUGUCCAAAGUGUAAGAAAGAAUCUCAGAUCUUUCCCCCAACUACUGGUGGUGCAGAGAAGAUGUGCCAGAAUUUGAAUGUUUCCCUCCUGGGUAAAGUGCCUCUGGAUCCACAGAUAGGAAGAAGUUGUGACAGAGGCCAGUCAUUCCUGUCCGAAGCACCAGAUUCUCCAGCUACAUUGUCUUACAGGAAUAUCAUUCAAAGAAUUCAGGAGUACUGUGAACAACAACAUUCUCAAGAAGAAAAGAUGAUCUAAUCUGUGAAUGGAAUAAAAAAUGUAGCUCUUGUUUAAAAGUAACUUAUGCCUUGAUUUAAUAGAAGGAAUGUAUUCUUUUUGUAUAUUGCAAAUAAAUUCUUAAUAUAAA